UCGAGUGGCCGAGGUCGAGCUGGACCACCUUCCCCCCGAGGUCGAGUCCUGCUGCAUCAUCUACCUGCCGCACGUGGGUUACCUCCUCGCCUUCCCGCCCACGCCCGAGCUGGACCAGAGCCUCAACGCCCACGGGUAUGACCUGCCCGGGUUGGAGUUCAUGUUCCGAACCAGCGACAUGGUCCUGUACAAGAGUCAGACGUGUCACGAGCUGGACCGCGAACUGGGAGACAUCCAGGUGGACAUCGCCAACCACGAGACCAGGAUCAUGAUGCGGCUGGUGGAGACCCUGCUCCUCCAGGCAUCCACUUUCGUCCACCUCGUUCAGCGGAUUCUCAUGCUGGAUUGCUUACUCUCCAUUCGCGCGUGGUUGUCGCGCGAGUGCGGGUGGGUGCGGCCUUCAGCUGACGAAGGAGGCCGCGCUGGAGGUGGAGGAGGCCCGCACCCCCUUGUACGAACUGUGCACGCCCGCCUUCGUCGCCAACCCCGUCAGGAGCGGCAGUCCGAUCCUUGCGUUACGCUCCAUUACGGGCCCAAUGCCAGCGGGAAGACGGUGUAUCUGAAGCAGGUGGGCGUGAUCGCGGUGCUGGCUCAGAUCGGGUGCUGGGUGCCUGCCGCCCGCGCUCGACUCCGCCCCUUUGACGUCAUUCUCGCGGUGACGCAAUCGACCCCAGCUGUGACGUCAUCGUUGUCCGCCUUCAUGCUUGACCUCACGAGGAUGUGCGGCGCCCUGGCCCGCGCCACCCGCCACUCCCUCGUCAUCAUCGACGAGUUCGGGGCGGCCACCUACGAAAACGACGGCGCGGCUCUCCUGACGGCGUGCCUCGACCACUGGGCCGAGCGCGCCCGCGUCCGCCCCCCUGGGACCUCCUCCUCUCCCUCCUCCCCCUCCUCCUCGCAAGGGCCCGACGAAGGACUCCAAGGACGCGAGGGGCGGGAGGGAAGGGAUCCCCUGGGGGCGCCGCCGCACGUGUUCGUCUCGACGCAUCUGCUGCAAGUGUACGAUCACCUGCAGCAUCCCGAGGCCGUGAGAUGCUUGGUACUGGAAGCCGUAGAAGAGGGCGGGUCUGUCGUCCCCUUGUACCAGGUGGCAGAGGGAAGGGCAAGAAAGAGCUAUGCUGCCGUCGUUGCUGCCAUCGCCGGGGUCCCUCAGCAUGUUGUGGACAGGGCGAACCAGGUGUGCGAGUGCAUCCGCGCCGGCCGCCUCCCCCGCGCUGGUCCCCUCCUCGACGACGACGAAGAGGAGAGGCGUCGCUGCGAGGAGAUCGUGUCCCUCGUCCUGGCCUUCGAUCCUUCCUCCGAUGCCGUGGACCUGCUUCUCGAGAGGAUAAGGGACAUCGGCAACGUCUCGAAGAAGGUCUUGGAUGCCACGCCCUCCUCCUCUUCCUCCUCCUUCAGGAACGAGACGCCGCGGACUUCUGACGUCACGCCUCGGUUCGACCUCGUGGAGACCGUCAUGAACACGCUGGGGUCGGGUCCUUCGGUCGGCUCGUCGGCGAGGAACACGCCGGAGAGGGACGCCGACCGAACCGAAAGCCAAGAAAUUCCAGAGGAGCUCAGACAAUCAGGACAGACAGGACAAAGACAGACGGCUUCCUUCUCCUCGACUGAGAUCACAAACAACGGCCACGGAGCUGAGAACCCGUCCUCAUCCUCAUCCAGUCCCGUCGUCAGCCCUGCCGUCAGCCCCUUCGUUAGGUCCGUCUCCAGCCCCGCCAGAGCAACCCCCGACUCGUCACCCCUUUCGUUUAAGGUCCGUCUCCCAGCCCCGCCGACAACCCCGGUCGUCAGCCCCAGGCCGUCAGGCCGAGGUCGCCAGUACCACCGUCAGCCCCCUUUGGUUCAGGUCCGCUCUCCAGCCCCGCCGACCAACCCCGUCGGUCAGCCCUUGCCGUCAGCCGAGUCGCCAGUACCACCGUCAGCCCCUUCGUCAGGUCCGUCGCCACCCCCGCCGUCAGUCACGUCUCCAGCCCCGUCGUCCCCCAUCUCCAGCACCACCGUCAGCCCCCUUCGUCAGCGUCCGUCGCAGCCCAACCAUCAGUCACAUCUCCAGCCCCUCGUCACCCACGCCGUCAGUCACGUCUCCAGCCCCGCCGACAGCCCCGUCGUCGUCAGUCCAACGUCAGCGACUAUCACAGAUCUGAGGAACCGAGAAGACGCGGAUAAGCCAACCGAGACCCAAGAAGACGAAGACAAACCGCGGACGGAAGAGAGAAAUCUGGACGAAGAUCGCACACCCUCGGAUAACAGGCAGGCGGAGGCACCUCCCUCUGGCUCCCCCCACUCCAGCCUCCAGCAGACGACGGAAGGGACCUUCUCGCAGGAAUCCCACGGGGACGAGUCCUCCAAUUCCUCCUGCGGGCGAGAGAGUGUGGUGAUACAGAGGAGGGCGUCGAGGAAGAGCGCCCUCCUCUCCCAGCCGAGCCAGACUCAGAGCUUCAGGGUCAACUCGCUCUCGUUCCUGGCCUUCCUUGGGUCGGGGUCUUCCAAGUCGUAG